AUGUGCUGUGUCGAGGUGGCGGACCCGGGACAGCAGCAGCGUCGGUGGCCGCUGGACGCCGGCGGCGAGGGCGCGGUGCCGGCGUCGAUGUCACCAUCGGCGGCGUCGUUGGCGCCGAUGCUGUCGCGGCGAAGGCAGGCGGAGGAGAUGACGGCGAUGGUGUCGGCGCUGGCCACGGUCGUGGCCGGCGGCGGCGGCGGCGUGUCGUUGCCGGCGAAGAGGCCGGCCGAGAGAGAGCCCGAGGGCGCCGCCGUGGAGGAGGCGUGGUGGUCGUACUGCAGCGAGCUCGGAGCCGCCGCACCGUCGUCGACGGCGGCGCCAUUUCCGGCCGAGUACGUCCCGGCGCACUCGCCUGCGUCUGCGUCUCCGGCGGCGACGUCGCGGCACCGUCGUGCGGUGGCGUCCGACGAGGAGGAGCUCCCGUCGCCGUCGUCGGGCGACUCCGGCGGCGGCACGCCGAGGAAGCGGUACAGGGGGGUGAGGCAGCGGCCGUGGGGGAAGUGGGCGGCGGAGAUCCGGGACCCGCACAAGGCGGCGCGCGUGUGGCUCGGCACCUUCGACACCGCCGAGGACGCCGCCCGCGCCUACGACGCCGCCGCGCUCGGCUUCCGCGGCAGCCGCGCCAAGCUCAACUUCCCCGAGUGCGCCACCCUCCCGCCGCCGACGCCGACGCCGGCAGCUCAGCGGCCUCCGCCACCUCCGCGGCCGGACGCGCUGCUGGAGUCGCAGGCGCUCUCUCCCGGCGCCGGCGGUGAUCCAUACUCUCAGUACGCCAGGUUCUUGCAAGGCGCCGGCGAGCCGCCGGCGGCGCUGUCCGGUGGCGCCCCGCAAAGAACGCCGCCGGCCACUACCCUGCUCUACAACUUCGGAGGAGAGGCGACCGCCUCCGCCACCUACCUCUGGCAACCGGAGAGCGGCGGCGGGAUUGAGUGGCCGACGACUUCGCCGGCGGCGUGGGCGGAGUACGGUUUCUACCCGCCGCCGCAGCGGCGGGACUCGGACACGUGACGCUGAUCCGAUUCCUGAGCGAGCGGACAGCGACGCUGACAGGUGGGGACCACGUUUUCCAGUAUCAGUCAACGGUCAACCUGAUGUUAGACGUGGCAUGCCACGAGUGCGGCGGUCAACGGGUUCAAACGGCACCGAAACGCCCCGUGAGAAAUAAAUGAUCGAAACCGACGCCACGUAUUGUGUUUAUCAAAUCAUUUUCAGGGCCACCGGCCACGAUUGCAAGAGUUGUAAACACGGGAAUUCUGUCGUUUGCAAACUACUAAUCCCUAUUGUUUGUUUGUUUUUCUUAGCAAAAUACUGUGUUCAUGUU